AUGCUUCCGUGGUCCUCCAGGAUCGCCGCUGCUCUCGCGCUCGGCGCCACCAUCGCGCGCGCCACGGUGCUCGUUGACUUCCAGGUCGCACAACCUCCACCGCUCCCCAAGGGCGCAAAACAGUGCACAGUCCAAAUCCUCAAGCACACGUUUGGAAACUCGUUCGGCGCGGCCGAAGUCGUGCAAUUCGAGCCUCCGACCGACUGCGGUCCCGUCGGCUCUUGGGCUGGCAUCAGUCUCAACUUUACCGUCACCUCCAACGGCACCCAGUUUGACCGCCUAGGAAUCUUCACCUUCCAGAACGUCGAAAUUUGGCGCACGUCCACGCCCGAGCCUACCCGUGGCGACGGCAUCAUCUGGACGUACCUCAAGGAUGUUACGCGCUAUACCCCUCUGUUCGCGAAGAACGGCACCUUCAUCCUCCAGCUCGACAACCUGCUCGAGACUGGGCUUGACGGCCAGUACGCCACCACCCUGGAUGCGACCUUCUUUGCCUCUGACGCCGCGCACCCGCCCGCGCCCAAAGCCGACUUGAUCAUCCCCGUGUCAACCUUGGCAAACAACACCGGAAACGACGCCUCUGUGCCCCCGCAGUUCUCCCUCAACGUCACCGUGCCGCGCAACGCCGUCCAGAUCUUCGCAGAGCUGUACGCGUCCGGAAACGGCAACGAAGAGUUCUGGUACUUCAACACCGCGAACGAGUUCCUCGACGACCUUCCCUCCGGCACCACCUUCGGCCAGGGCCCCUUCCGCGAGGUCCGCAUGCUCGUCGACGGCCAGCUCGCCGGCGUCGCCUUCCCCUACGCCGUCAUCUUCACCGGCGGGAUCGUGCCGACCGCGUGGCGGCCGAUCACGUCCUACGGCGCGCUCGACCUGCCCACCUACUUCCUCGACCUCACCCCGUUCGUGCCCGUGCUCACCGACGGCGCGCCGCACGAGAUCGCGCUCGACGUCGUCUCCGCCGAGGCCGACCACGGCGUGAACCAGAACUGGUUCGUCUCCGGGCUGCUCCAGGUCGUCCUCGACCCGUCCGGGCUGCCGACGACGGGGCGGAUCACGAGGGUGGACGCGCCCGCGUUCGCGGCGACGACGACGACGGGGCGCGUCGGCGCGAACGGGGACGUGAACGUCACCGUCGGCGCGAGCCGCACGCUCGAGAUCGCGGCGGAGAUCACGGGCGGGAGCGGCGCGACGACCGCGGUGGUGUGGCGGCAGACGCUCGCGUACGCGAACACGCAGCGCUACCUGGAGAACACGACGGUGCAGGUCGUCGACCAGAGCGCGACGGGGAGCUCCGUGUCGACGCACAACGGCGUCCCGGUCCUCGUCGACGAGUUCUCGUACCCGCUCCUCAUCAACUUCACCCUCCUCUCCCCCGACGGGAGCCAGUUCGAGUGCACGUUCGACCACUCGUACGACCGCAAGUCCGACCCUGCGCCCUUCAUCCUAGGCUCGACGAUCCAGGAGCGUCAGCUCGCGAGCGGCUUCUUCAAGGUUGCGUCGACCGGGAACACCGGGAACGGCACCAACUCGAACACGUUCUCCUACGCCGACGACGACGGCAACACCUUCAGCCGCAAGGUCUCUGCCGUGAACAACAACAUCACCUCCGACGUCCAGAGCGGCUCGCUCGCGCCCGCGCCCGCGCCCGCCAGCGCGGUGCAAGACAAGCACGCCGGGAUGCAGGCGCCGCUCGCGAUCACCAAGCUCAGGCUCCCGGGCGGACGGACCAUCGGAAACUGA